CAAUAGGGAACGUUGACUUUCUUGCAGGUGGGCUCCCCCAAAUGUUUGCUCAAGGUGCUGCGCCAGGACUUGGAAGCAUUGUGGUCCUCUUGUUUUUAGAAGGCGCGUCAGAUAGCAGCUGAGAGGGGCUUAACAUUUCAAACCUCUGGCGGUAGGCUGCAAAGUUUCCACCCUGAAACACUGUUAACAGUUGCAGGUUGGAUCAGGAGAGACAGUGCUGGUGCUCAGUUGGAUGUGAAAGGAUCACACUUAUCUCUGAAGGGGACAGAUUUGUUUUUUUUUUUAUUCCAGUAGCUAUUUUUCCUGCAAACAAGACUGGAAUAGUUCCAAAAAAGUGAAAAGAGGAGGAAUCGUGUGCGUAUUUUUUCUGUUAUUUUGGAGUAUUUUACCAGUAGAUGACUUAACUGCCUGUCAUGUAAUAGCCAUCAUCAUCUAAGUUUAAGAUGUCCACUCAGGUGGAAGGAAGCCUGCAGCUGGAAACAUCAGACAAACUUGAUGCACCAAAAUCUGAAGAGUUUUUUGACGUGACAAGUCCUGAUGGAUGCUUGGGAGCGCACGGCAGUCCAUUGCUGACCACCGGGCAGGGUGGAGAAAGGAAAACGUCCCAGCAGGAGAAGCCUCUCAAGAUGACCCGCAGUCCUAAAUGCGCUCGCUGUCGGAAUCACGGCGUGGUUUCGUGCUUGAAAGGCCACAAACGCUUGUGCCGCUGGAGGGACUGUGGCUGUGCCUGCUGCCUGCUGGUGGUGCAGCGGCAGCGAGUGAUGGCGGCGCAGGUCGCACUGAGGCGGCAGCAGGCAGCGGAGGUCAGGGGGGCACUAUGUCAGGGCAAGAGGGGUGUCAAGUGUGGGCCUCAAUCACAGAGAACACCAUUUCUGCAUUUGACUACGGAGAUGGCAGAGCAAAGCAUGAUGCAGACGAAGAGCCUCCUGCAGGGGCUGAGGCCACCAGAGGGUGACGCUUCCCGUCACUCCAAGCAGACACGGCGUGACCAUGCGCACUUUACAAGCCCCUCCAUCAGCGCCCGCAUGAGAAAGAGGCGAGCCUUCGCCGAUAAGGAGCUGGAGAACGUGAUGCUGGAGAGGGAGAUCAGACAUAGAGAACUCCAGGCUGACCUCUCCUUUUCCUACUCGACCUUUCUCCCCAUGCUUCAUCCAUUACCUCUACCCGCCACCCCUAUCUUGCAGUCUUUCAACAAAGCCCCUUCAUCUACAGGAUCAUCCAGCCAUGUGUGUGAAAGAUUUACGCCUUUGCAUGACUUCCACUUCUAUCAGUGCUUCCAUUUUAAGAGCACAUCCUGCACAGAAACCGACUGUGGCAACUUCCAAAUCUACGAAAGCUCAGGUCAAUGCAGGGAUAAGAAGGAGGUGCAACAUGCCUGGAAAAGCUGUGAGAAGAAAGAGCCAUCUCAGCUGAUCCCUGUGCCUUCGCUACCAACGCCCGAACACCACAGCAGCACUUUGUUGGGUUGUGACCUCGUCAAAGCUCACUCAAAACCAGCAGAAAUUCAAGACUCAAAUGUCACACGCUCUAUUUUUGUAUCAGAUCAGGGGAUACUGGACUUGCCAAAUGUCAGAGCCCCCAGCAGGACCUUUGAUCCGUUAGCGCUGACAGCUAGAGGCUGGUGUGCCGGCACUCCUGCCACACUGGCACCUCCUCGUGAAGACUCUGUCAAGAGCACUCGUGGCAGCUCAGGCAGGACUCCAGCUGUGAAGCCAUUGCCUUUCUCAGUAGAGGCUUUGCUGAGAGCCUGACAAGCCAAAGUGCUGGGAUGUGUUUAUGUGCAGAGUUCACUAUGAAUAUGGACUAUACAAAUACAAAUGGUUACAUGUAUUUCACUGACAGAACCUGGUUUCUAUUAAAAACAA